GUCUCAUUAUAAGUUGUCAUAAUUUGACACACAACACACACAUAAGCUUAAUUUGUCAAAUUGUAAUUAUUGCAUAGUUAUCAAUACAGAAAAUAAAUGGAAAUAAAAUCAAAAGAAAAAGAAUAGACUAUAUACUUCCUUUUGUGGAAAUAUUUAUAUAUUUUUCCAAAAAUAAAAAAAACCAUGCAAAAAGAGUUAUAAAAUAAACAUAUCAUAUGAGUUUAAUUUACAGAAUAACCAGAUUGAGUUAUUUUAAGUGGAUAUAAAGAAAACGACAUUAUCGAAGUAGAGCGAAGGCUUCUUCAUCUUUUCAGGUUGCAAAUUAAAGAGAGUUUGGUUACACUCAUUUCUUUCCUCGAUCUUGCUUUAUCUUCCUCCUCUUUAGGUUCCUGAUGAAAAGGAUCUGCUGCUCUCGUUCUGAUACACAAAUUGUACUAGGACAAAAAUCUCGUUCUGGUAAAGGAAAACCCGAUGGAGAAAUCAAGUUUGGAUAUAGUUUAAUGAAGGGGAAAGCUAAGCAUCCAAUGGAGGAUUAUCAUGUUGCUAAGCUCAUCAACGUCGAAGGCAAUGAACUGGGUUUAUUUGCAAUCUUUGAUGGUCAUAAAGGUGAUCAAGUAGCUGCAUAUUUGCAGAAACAUCUCUUCUCCAACAUCCUUAAAGAUGGAGAGUUCUUGGUUGAUCCUCGAAGAACGAUUGCAAAAGCUUAUGAGAAUACAGACAAAGCGAUUUUGUCUGAUACUAGUUCGGAUUUAUGGAGUGGUGGUUCAACCGCAGUGACUGCUAUUUUGAUAAAUGGAAAAGUUCUGUGGAUAGCUAAUGUGGGUGACUCAAGAGCCAUUGUGUCUCGUAGAGGUAAAGCAACGCAGAUAAGUGUUGAUCAUGAUCCUAAUACUGAUGCUGAAAGGAGUAUGAUCGAGAGUAAAGGUGGAUUUGUAACCAACAGGCCAGGUGAUGUUGCUCGAGUGAAUGGUAUAUUAGCUGUGUCUCGUACCUUUGGUGAUAAGGACCUCAAAGCGUUUAUGAAUAGAGAGCCUGACAUUAAGGAUGUCAAAAUCGAUAGUCACACAGAGAUUCUUAUUCUGGCUAGUGACGGUAUUUCAAAGGUGAUGUCAAACCAAGAAGCAGUUGACAUAGCUUUGAACUUUAAAGAUCCAAAGAAAGCGGCUAAACAACUAGUUGUUGAAGCAUUGAAAAGAAACAGUAAAGAUGACAUAUCUUGCAUUGUUGUCCGGUUUAAAUAGAUGAUAGAUUCAGCUUAUGUGAUCCUUGUUUGGGUCCGGCUCAGUUUGUUCUGAUUCUUGGUAUGUUUGCAGUCUCAAAAUGUUAGGAGUUUAGUUUGACAAACCAGAUGACAUCUUAUCAUAUAAAAAAACAAAAUAGAAAUUUGAUUAAUAAUUUAGUCUUGAAGAUAUUUUCUUGGAAUAAUGAAUAACUGAUCUAUUUGA